CAACAUCUCUGGAAGAGAUCUCAUAAAACCUGAGCAGAUUGCCCCCAGAUCCAGUUCUGACGCAUUCCUUUAUAUUCGAAAUCGAAAUGGUAUCAACUAAUUGAAUCAGUGCGCAAUUUGCCGGCUAUAUAAGCGACCUGUUCGAUCAGACUGGCAUAUUAGUCGCUAACUAAACUCAAAUCAAUAUGAAGCUGCUCUCAAUCACCUUCCUGCUGGGUCUCUUGGCUCUGGCCAGCGCAACUCCUCUGAAUCCCGGCAAUGUGAUCAUCAACGGCGAUUGCAGGGUUUGCAAUGUUCGAGGCGAUUAAUUAUACAAAUAUCUACAGUCUAAUAAACUGCAGACGAAAAACAAACUAAAUAAUAAAAUUAAUUAAAUGUGUUAAAUGCUGAAAAUGUGAAAUAAACAAACUCUUUAUAUUUUGUUACCUAAA